UAGUAAUUUUACUUACCUAUUACUAAAAUAUUUUUCUUCAAUUUCUUCUUCCAAUUCUUUUCUCAAAGUAAAAAGGCAUAAAAAUACUUCCAUCUUCCCCAAUUUUCCUCCGGCGAAAUUGAAACUCCGACCACCGCCGAUCCUCCGUUGACUCUGUUUCGACGGUGAAGAUGAACCAAAGUCAAGGUCAACAAACAAGUGAAGGAAGACACGAGGAUGAUGCUGUUCUAGCCGAUUUCCUUGCUUCCUUAAUGGACUAUACUCCCACUAUUCCUGAUGAAUUGGUGGAGCAUUACUUGGGUAAAAGUGGAUUUCAAUGUCCUGAUGUUCGAUUAAUAAGGUUGGUGGCAGUUGCUACUCAGAAGUUUAUUGCAGAUGUGGCUACUGAUGCUCUCCAACAUUGCAAGGCAAGGCAGUCAACUAUUGUCAAGGACAAGAGAGACAAGCAGCAAAAGGACAAACGCCUUACCUUGACGAUGGAUGAUCUUUCAAAAUCUCUACGAGAGUAUGGUGUUAACGUCAAACAUCAAGACUACUUUGCUGAUAGCCCGUCUGCCGGGUUAGAUCCUGCUUCAAGAGAGGAAUGAUGUAAUGCCUGCUAACAAAUCUCUGUGAUCACAUAAAUCUGAUGGUUGUAGGUCAUUGCAUUGUUGUCAUCCUCUUGAAUUCUCAAAAGCUAUAUAUCUUUUGGAGGAUACAACUCUUGACUACUAUGUAUCUCUAUACUUACCAAUGUUAACUGUAGUUGCCACCAUUGAUAGAUUUCUCGUUUCGAUAUUCCUUUCGUGGUAGCAAUGAGGGUGAUGUUGAUAACUGGUUUGAAUGUUUAAAUUUGCUUUGAACUUGUUGAUGAAUGUACUCUACAUGUUUGGUUGUGUCUA